AUGGGUGCGUCUCUGUCAGCGGCAGACAAAGAAGUCUUUUCUGUUUGCGUCGCCUUGCUUGAAGCAAGCGGCGCCAAGUUUUCAAAGACCUGCCUGAAGAGGCUGGUAAAAUGGCUUGGCAAGGAAUUCCAGGAGGUUUCUCGGGAUAAAGUCCAUUGCCUCCGAUUUUGGGGGACAGUGGAACGGAAAAUUGUAGAAUUCGGCCAGUCCCGGGGAAAGGAGGCGCAAAAAUUUUCAUAUCUGGUUUUGCAGUUGAAAACUGCGUUGAAAAAUGAUGAGUCCCUUGCCAAUCCACCUACCAGGCGGUUUGCCCCUUCUUCCCCAUCCCCUGGUCCUAUCCCUGGUCGUUCCCCGAAGGGAAUUCUGAAGAGAGUCGGGGUGCAAAAAUCCCCGAGCUCUGCCUCUCCCAAGAAUUCCCGUUCCCCCAGCCUCAGUAGUCUCGGCCAGACUGCUGAGGAUUCCUCGGACUGCCCUGGCCAGGCAGUCGGGGGAUCUACCCGUACCUGUUAUCCCUCAUCCCCUCAUCCCCGUGUAUGUUUUAAUUUAACUGCGUCACAAUCGGCACAAAAUGGCGGCUGUGGUGCAGAAAAUGGCGGUCACUCAGCCUCGUGGUCGUCAUCCCCUUCCCCCAGUUCUUCAUCCCGAAAUCCCUUUCGUUCCACCCACCCUCCCUGUUCUCUGACCAACCCUUUCCUGUCCCAAACUCCACCCACUACUCCGAAGUUCCCACCCUCCCAUCCCUCCCAUCGACCCGCCCAGGAGGUGGAGUCGUCCCGCCCAUUGCCCUGCCCCGGAAGGAGGCCAUCUUGGUUGCCUGAUUCCAACACUCUCUCUUCCGGUUCCCACGGUACCGGACCGGAAGAUGACAGUGAUUGGGAUCCUGAAGUGGAACUGUCAGUUGCGCCAGUCACUUACCGGCGGCAACGCGGUAGUGACGCCCCAAAAUCCCAUUGGUUUCCGAUUGGCCAAAGUGUAAUUCGUGAAUUGUGUAAGGCGCACAAAGAUUAUUCCAGAGACAGUCCUUACUUCAGGGGUCUCCUUCACGCUGAACUUUCCUCCACAACAGUGGUGCCCUUUGACCUCAAGCAGCUGUUUGCUUGCUUGAUGGGUCUUUCAGAGUUUAAGCUCUGGGAGACAGCCUUCAGGUGGCUGCUUAAGGACAAACUGCCCACACUGUUGAGUGACGAAAGCACGGCAACUGACACCCAGGGCAAUCCCAUUUCCCUCUCCCUCCUCUUUGGGGAACUUCAGUUCUCCACCCCGCAGAUACAGGCCUCACUCAUUCCUGUCCCAGUCCUUCAGGUGGUUAAAGAGCUUGCAUGCACUGCGUUCUUUGCUUUGCAGCCUCAUGCAAAACUCCCUCCCCUUACUUACAUCAGGCAGGGUCCUCAGGAAUCCUACGUAGAUUUCAUGGACAAAUUAACCAGGGCAGUCGAGACUCAAGUUAAGAUUAUUUCAGCGCGUGAGCAUGUCCUUUUGGAAUUGGCUUUUUUAAAUGCUAACGAUGUCUGUCGGCAAGCGAUUUUGAGUCUCCCCAUAGAUCCGCCGAGGACACUUGCUGACAUGCUCCAGGUCUGCGACGCCAAGGUUCCUUAUCUGUUGAAGUCGCACCUUCCAAGUGUGUCCAGACCUCACCAGCCCUCCGUUCCUGCCAGGCUCAGGGUUGCUGAAGCAAGGACCUCUUCUCAGAAGCCUGCAGUGCCGCCUCGCCGCAAGCCUUCCGUCUCAGGCAGUCGCAGCGGAAAACCCGGGUUCUGCUACCACUGCAAGCAGCAAGGACACUGGGCAAAUGAGUGCCCCAACAAGACCAGGCCGGCAACUCCCAAGUUGCAGCGGGGGGGCAAUCCUUCAAAAAACUAG